AUGCCUGAGCCACAGUAUACCCAAGAACAAGAAAAUGAACUUCUGCAACAUAUUUUUUUCGGUAAAUUGGAUAAUUUACCAAAUCUUGCAUCGAAAAUUGUUCGUAUUUUUACAUCAUCUACAUUCACUGAUACAAGUAUGGAACGUAAUUCACUCAUGCAACAUACAUAUCCUAAACUGAAAGAAUAUUGUCGAGAAAAGCAUGGUCUUGAAUUUCAAGUUGUUGAUAUGCGUUGGGGUGUUCGUGAUGAAGCAACAGAUGAUCAUAAAACAACAGAAUUGUGUAUGCAAGAAAUUGAUAACUGUCAACGAGUUUCGGUUGGACCGAAUUUUGUGGUAUUUCUCGGUCAAAAAUAUGGUUAUCGACCAUUGCCAACAAAAAUUGAAGAAGAUGAAUUUCUUAAGAUUACAUCUGUAUCAAACAGCGAAGAUGAUAAAUUACUUAAUCAAUGGUAUAAACUUGAUUUAAAUAAUUUCCCGAGUGUAUAUUGUUUACAACCUGUCAGUUCAAUAUUUACUAAUUUUACUAAUCGAGCUCAUCCACGUCUUAUGGAAGAAGAUCAAAGUCAAUGGUGGGAAACAAUGGGUAAAUUAAAUCGAGCCGUACGUGUAGCUGCUGCUGAACUUUUACAACAAGGCCGUUUUACUGCACAAGAUAAUCAUCGAUAUAAUUGGUCAGUUACUGAACAAGAAGUUGUACGUGGAAUAUUAAAUGCCAAAGAUGUAAAAGAGCAUACGCUAGCUUUUUUUCGUCAUAUUGAAAAUAUAAAUGUUAGUUUAUUACGUCAUUCAAUGAAAUUUAUUGAUAUUGCAGCAAAACAAGUAGAUACGGAAGCACAACGUAUGUUAUCUGAUUUACGUGACGUUCGUGUUCCAGCAACAUUACCCGAAUCAACUAUUCUUCGAUAUACCGUUCAAUGGUCCGAUGAUGAUGGUUUGAACAAAACUGUUCAUGCUGAAUAUUUACAAAAUUUUAUUGAGACAUUCUAUCGGCGUAUUGUCGAAUUAAUUGAUCAAGGCGUUCGAGCACAACAUGCGUUAGCAGCUAAUAGAGUUUAUACUGAAAUUCUCCAACAACUCCAUGCCGUCAAUAAUUUCAGUCAGGAUUUUCAAGGUCGCACCGAUAUUCUAGAACGGGUUCGUAACUAUGUUCAAGGUCCAUCAAAACAACCAUUAGUUUUAUGGGGCGAAGGGGGCUGUGGAAAAUCUAGUAUGCUGGCAAAAAUAGCUGCAGACUCGUCAUCAUGGUUUCCACCGAAACAAUAUAACCCGAUACGACUUAUCCGUUUUCUUGGUACAACACCAGAUAGCUCAUCGAUUGGACCAUUAUUACGUAGUGUUUGUCAACAAUUAUGUUUUCUAUAUCAAGUACCCGAGAAUACAAUACCAGUGGAAUUGUCUCAGUUGAUAAAUUAUUUUAAACGUUUAUUAGAAAAAACACCAGCUGAUAAACCAUUGUGCAUAUUUUUCGAUUCACUAGAUCAAUUAUCAUCUGCUGAUGGUGCACAUUCAAUGUCUUGGUUACCACCAACGCUUCCAAAUUACGUUAAAAUUAUUGUUUCAACACUACCUGGAAUAUUUAAUAUUUUAAGUACACUUCGAAAUAUCAUUGAAAGUCGCGAAAAUUUCGUUCAAAUUAAACCAUUAGGUGAAGAAUUAGCUAAAACUGUAUUAGUGGCACGAUUAAGUCGUCAACAUCGGAAAAUAACAGAUGCACAAUGGGAAUUAGUACACGAACGUCUUGCUGAAUGUAAUAUUCCAUUAUAUGUUAAAUUAGUCUUCGAUGAAAUAAAAUUAUGGAAAUCUUAUUCUCAACCACAAGAAAAAGACCUUGCUAAAACAGUAUCAACAUCAAUCAAUAAAUUAUUAGGUCGAAUUGAAAAUCAACAUGGGCAUAUUUUAGUUGAACACGCUUUAUCAUAUAUAACUGCGUCAAAAUCAGGUUUAAGUGAAGCAGAAUUAGAAGAUUUAAUAUCCCUUGAUGAAACUGUUUUAAAUGAUGUUUAUCAAUAUCAUUUACCACCUAUUCGACGUAUUCCACCUUUACUAUGGACACGCAUAAGAAAUGAUUUACCAAAUUAUUUAGUUGAACGUGAAGCAGAUGGCGUCUCUGUUGUUUGUUGGUAUCAUAGACAGUUUGCAGAAGUCUCUCAUGAACGUUAUCUGGUAAAUGCUGAAACAUGUCGAAAAUAUCAUUCUCAAAUGUCUGAUUAUUUUUUGGGUAUAUGGGCUGGCUGUCCGAAACCAUUUCAAUUUUCAGAAAAUCAAAAGCGCAUGUUUAAUUUACAAACAACCGAUGGCGAAGCAGAUCGUAAAGUUCCAGCUCAGCCCGUCAUAUUCACUGCAAGUACUACGGCAACGAAUGCGAAUAAUACUUCAACUAUACGUUAUAACCUACGUAAAUUAAGUGAACUACCAUUUCAAUUGACACGUUCACAACGAGAGGAUGAUUUGUAUACUCAUGUUUUAUUUAAUUAUGAUUUUAUUCAUUCAAAAUUAUCCAGUAUGCCAUUGAAUAGUUGCAUAUUUGAUUAUGAAAAUUCAUUUGAUUACUAUCAUGAUAAAGAAGUGAAAUUGAUGAGCGAUGCACUUCGUUUAUCCAGUUCAGUCUUAGCUGCCGAUCCAAAUAAUUUAGCAUGUCAAAUAAUUGGUCGCCUACUUCCAUUUUAUACAACAUGUCAUAAAAUAGCUUCAUUUAUUGAUCAGUGUGAAAGUAAUGGUUUACAACAUAUGGCUCUCGUACCAGCUUACAAUACAUUAGCAUCACCUGGUGGACCACUAGUUUAUUCUUUAGAAGCACAUCAAUUUGCAGUUUAUGGUCUCGAGGUUGUUUCAGCAGGUCAACAUCUUCUGACUGUAUCAAAUAAAUUUAUUGUUUUUGAUUUAUCAAGUGGUGAUAUCGUACGAAUAAUCGAUCCUAGAAUCGAAGGCAUCAUGACCUAUUUGUCUGUUGCACCUGACCAACGUUAUUGUGUAACAAUAACAAUAAGUAAUCAAUAUAUCAUAUGUAGCUUAUUAACAGGAGACAUUGUUUUACGAGAUUAUCAAGCACCUGGGAAUAAUUCCAAUAAAAAUCCAACUAAAUCAACUGUUUCACAGCCGCCUGCAGAUCCAUUAUUAGGAGCAGCUGUAAGUAACACACAUUUUGCAUUAUGGACUUCAAAAAUGUAUCAAGUCUAUACGAAUAAAGGUGAAUUACUUGCGACUCAACCAAGCCGUUAUCAAAUUAUUCAAAUUGAAGUUUUGCCUGGACCAGAAAUUGAAAUUAUAUGUCGCUCUGAAGAUGUUAGAAAUGAUCAAGAAAUAGCUCGUGAUCGUUUAACAAUUAAUUAUUGCUUUGUUCCAAAUGCUGACAACACCGAUGACAAUAAUACUGAACAACGUUGUUUAACCGGUGGUUUUAAAAAUAUUCAUAGUGCACUUAUAUUAACGCGUGACAAACGACGAAUGUAUACAUGUUGUGAAAUUAAUGAUAAUAAUGUGGAAGUAUAUAUUAAUCGACCACAUCCGGUAAAGUAUUCUACUGAACGUGUAUGGGCAUUCGAUCAUCAACUGUUCGAAAAUAAAGAUCGGAUAUUUGCAUUUAUGUUAAGUAAUGAUGAAAAUUAUCUUAUGGCAGUUACAUUUAAAGGUUUCAAAAUCUUUUCAUUUCGAUCAUAUUUAUGGAAAACUUGUGUAUUACCUGGUAGUGUACGUAAUAUAAUGAGUGGUACUAAACGAUUAACAUAUACAGCAGCAUUUUCACAUGAUAAUCGUUAUUGUAUCGCUUGUAUUAAAUCAACGGUUUACAUAUUUGGAGUUGAAUGGGGAGAAUUAUUAGCUUCGCUAGAUUCACAUUUUGGUCGGAUACUUGUAUUAAAAGGUUUAUCAAGUGCUAGUGGUGGAAAUAAUUAUGUUAUAACAACGGGCAUGGAUAAAACAACUAAAGUAUGGAAUUUAGAAAAUGCACGAGAGAAAUCAAUAUCAAUAUCACAAAUGGAUAAAGCUAUUGAAAUGUUACAUAUAUCAACAGAAACACCCGUUAUACUAGCACAAACACGUACACAAUUAUGUUUAUUUGACAUGAAAACAGGUCUUAUAUUAACACAAUUAUCUGCUAGUCAACAUGGAUCCAUGUAUCAAUGCACAGCAUUGUGUUCAAAUGGUCUAUUUGCUGCAGCUGCUGAGUCAGGUAAUUUUGUUAUAUGGGAUAUUGAAGAACGAAAAACAACAUUCGUAACACCAAUUCUAAAUAUUUACCAAUUUCUUAUUCAUACUGCUGAAACAAUGAUUUUAGUUGUCAACCAUGAACCAUUGUCAUCGGGUGCUCCAAGUGCAUCGAAUAAUGCCAAUGCAAAUAAUGCACAAGCUGAAUAUAUUGUUCGAGCUGUGUCAUAUGCAAUACCUGAUGGGGAUGUUAUGUAUAAAAUUUCAUUUAAUAUUAAACGUAUGCAUCUACCAAAAAAAGCUGCAUGCACAGUCGAUGAUACGUAUUUAAUAUUUAUUGAGGAGAAAAAAAAUAAUGAUGUACUUUCAUUGUAUGAUCCCAUCACUGGUGAACAUGUACAUAAUGUUAAAUUGAAUUAUAAUAAUUAUAAAGAUAUUACUUCGAUGGUUAUGAUACCCAAACAACCUUUUCUUAUUGGAUUGAUUGAUGCAGAAAAAGGCGUUGUGAUGAAUGUGAGAGAUAAAAAGGUUCAUUUAAUAUUACCAAAAUGGAGUGGGCAAAUAUCAUACGAUGGUAAAUAUGGUUUAUAUGCGCCUACUCGUGGUGGUCUUGAAAUAUUCGAAUUUCGCAAUGGAAAAGUAGUUCGUACACUGAUCGGUAAAGUUGCUGAAGGUGUAUUUGAUGUCAUCACAUUUUUUACUCCCACCAAUAAUCAUGUCAUCUAUUACAAUAAAGGCAAACGAACAAUACGUGUAUUUCGUACAAAAGAUGGUCGACAAAUAGCUGAUAUGAAAUGUCCAGCAAAAGUUCGACAAGCUGUAGCAACACAUGACGGACAAGCAUUAGUGGUUGCUUAUGAAGAUGGAGCUGUUCAAAUGUUUUUAAUUGCUGAUCCAUUUGAGCCAGAAAAUGUAGAGCAUUUAAGACAAUGGAGACAACAGCAAUUAGAAGCCAUGGCCGUCGACCCUGCACAACAAGAAACGACCGAUUAA